AUGGCCUUUCCGUUUAGGCUUUUCCGGUGCCUGUUUCUCUUCAUCUUCUCUGUUUCCGGUGCCAUUAAUGGCGACGUUAGCUCCGAAAUGGAUUCACUGCUUUCCUUCAAGCUCUCCCUCGAAAACCCAUCAGUCCUUUCUGCGUGGAACCUUUCGUCUUCUUCCUCGGCGUCUCAUCACUGCGAUUGGGUCGGUGUAACAUGCCAAUUGGGGCGAGUCGUCUCUCUCUCUCUACCUUCCAUGUCUCUCAAAGGCCAUCUCCCUCCUUCUCUCUUCUCCCUUCGGUUUCUCUCCGACCUCGACCUCUCCGAGAACUCUCUCUCCGGCCAGAUUCCGAAGGGGGUUUCGAAGCUAAAGAAUCUCAAAUCUCUCCGUCUCGGCCUCAACCAUCUCUCCGGCGAAAUCCCUCCGCAGCUCGGGAGCCUGAAACAGCUCCAAACCCUCGAUCUCUCCGGGAAUUCACUAACCGGACAUUUACCGAGUCGACUCAGCGAGUUGCCUCAGCUUCUCUACCUUGACCUAAGCGACAACCAUCUCUCAGGCUCUCUCCCUCCGUCACUCUUCCUCAGCUUCCCGGCAUUGUCUUCACUCGACGUCUCCAACAACUCCCUCUCCGGCAAAAUCCCCCCAGAAAUCGGGAAACUUAGCAAUCUCUCCGAUCUCUACAUGGGAAUGAACAAGCUUUCCGGUCUAAUCCCGCCGGAGAUCGGCAACAUCUCGUUGCUCAAGAACUUUGUUGCACCGUACUGCUUCUUCAAGGGACCGUUACCACACGAGAUAUCGAAGCUCAGCAACUUAGCAAAGCUCGACCUUUCGUACAACCCACUCAAGUCCUCCAUCCCCAAAUCAAUCGGAAAGUUGCAGAAUUUAAGCAUUCUGAAUCUCGUCUCCGCCGAAAUCACCGGAAUGAUCCCUCCGGAGAUCGGUAACUGUAGAAAGCUCAAAACUUUGAUGCUUUCCUUCAACGCUCUCUCCGGAUCUCUACCGUUUCAGCUAUCAGAGAUUCCUCUGCUUGCGUUUUCCGCUGACAAGAACCAGCUCUCCGGUCCGUUACCGUCUUGGAUCGGCAAAUGGAAGGAGCUAGACUCGCUUCUCCUCGCAAGCAACCGGUUCUCAGGAGAGAUCCCUCGUGAGAUUGAAAACUGUCCAACGUUGAAGCAGCUAAGCCUCGCUAGCAACUUGCUAACCGGUUCGAUUCCUCGUGAGCUUUGUGGUUCAGGUGCAUUGGAAGAUAUUGAUCUCUCAGGGAACUUCCUCACAGGUAACAUUGAGGAAGUGUUCGUUGGAUGUACGAAUCUUCAACAGCUGGCUCUUACGAACAAUCAGAUCAAUGGCUCUAUACCUGAGUAUCUCUCCAAGCUUCCGUUGAUGGCGCUUGACUUGGAUUCCAACAACUUCACUGGAGAGAUCCCUGUGAGUCUCUGGAAUUCAACCUACUUGAUGGAGUUUUCUGCUUCUUGUAACCGUCUUGGAGGUUAUCUGCCUGCAGAGAUUGGCAAUGCGGCUUCGUUGAAGCGUCUUGUUCUGAGUGAUAACCAGCUUCAAGGUGAGAUACCAAGAGAGAUUGGGAAGCUUACUUCUCUCUCUGUCUUGAAUCUGAAUUCGAACAAGUUUCAAGGGAAUAUACCAAACGAGCUUGGAGACUGUUCUUCUUUGACUACAUUGGACUUGGGAAGCAACAAUCUCCAAGGACAGAUUCCGGAUAGAAUCACUGCUCUUGCUCAGCUUCAAUGCUUGGUUCUCUCUCACAACAAUCUCUCGGGGAAGAUUCCAUCGAAACCGUCUGCUUAUUUCCAUCAGACUGAUAUGCCUGAUCUGAGCUUUCUUCAGCACCAUGGGAUAUUUGAUCUCUCCUACAACAGACUGAGUGGUUCCAUACCUGAAGAGCUCGGCGACUGUGUGGUAGUGGUUGAGAUUCUGCUGAGCAACAAUCAUCUCUCUGGAGAGAUCCCAGCUUCACUCUCCCGCUUAACCAACCUGACGAAACUGGAUCUUUCUGGAAAUGUCAUCACUGGCUCCAUUCCAGAGGAGAUUGGACACUCUCCUAAGCUGCAGGGACUGAACUUGGCGAACAAUCAGCUUGAUGGACAGAUACCUGAAAGCUUUGGGCUUUUGGUUAGCUUGGUGAAGCUAAACCUGACCAAGAACAAGAUUGAUGGAUCAGUUCCUACUUCUCUUGGGAACUUGAAAGAGAUGACACACAUGGACUUGAGUGUUAACAAGCUGACCGGCGAGCUUCCAGCGGAACUGUCUCAGAUGCAAAACCUAGUAGGCCUCUACGUUCAACAGAACAUGUUCUCAGGUGGUAUAGAGAAUCUGUUCUUCAGCUCGUUGGCGUGGAAAGUUGAGACUGUGAACUUCAGUGAUAACUUCUUCACGGGAAGCUUGCCAAGAUCAUUGGGGAAUUUGUCAUACUUGACUAACUUGGAUUUGCACAGGAAUCACUUCACCGGAGAGAUACCUUCUGAUUUGGGUAAUCUUAUGCAGCUCGAGUUUUUAGAUGUUUCUGACAACAGUUUGUCAGGAGGUAUACCAGCAAAGAUCUGUGGACUUCUCAAUCUACAGUUCUUGAACUUAGCCAAGAACAAUCUGCAAGGAGAUGUGCCGAGCGAUGGAGUUUGCAAAGAUAAGUCCAAGGCGUUGCUUUCUGGGAACAAAGCUUUGUGUGGAAGCUUAGUUGGAUCGGAUUGCAAGAGGUUGAGUUUGAUGAGUUCUUGGAGACUUGCAGGAGUCUCGGUUGUUAUUAUGAUCAUCGUUUGUGCCUCUGCUUUCUCUCUGCGUAGAUGGGUGCUUAUGAAACAUAGAGUGAAGCAGAGAGAUGAUCCAGAGGGAACUGAGGAGAGCAGAUUCAAAGAGUUCAUUGAUCAGAAACUCUAUUUCUUAAGUGGAAGCAGAUCAAAGGAGCCAUUAAGCAUCAAUGUGGCCAUGUUCCAGCAGCCUCUUCUCAAGGUGAGCUUAGCAGACAUUGUGGAGGCAACUGAUCAUUUCUGUAAGAAGAACAUCAUCGGAGACGGUGGGUUUGGGACGGUGUACAAAGCUUGUUUAGCCGAUGGGAAGACAGUAGCGGUUAAGAAGCUUAGCGAAGCCAAAACACAAGGGACCCGAGAAUUCAUGGCAGAGAUGGAGACUCUAGGGAAAGUGAAGCAUCAGAAUCUGGUGUCGUUGCUUGGAUAUUGCUCUUUGAGUGAAGAGAAGCUUCUUGUGUAUGAGUACAUGGUGAAUGGAAGCUUAGACCAUUGGUUAAGGAACCAAACCGGGAUGCUUGAGGUACUAGACUGGUCUAAACGCCUCAAGAUCGCAGUGGGAGCUGCAAGAGGACUAGCUUUCCUGCAUCACGGUUUCAUUCCUCACAUCAUACACAGAGACAUCAAAGCAAGCAACAUUCUUCUGGACAGCGACUUUGAGCCAAAGGUUGCGGAUUUUGGGUUAGCCAGACUGAUCAGUGCCUGUGAGACUCAUGUGAGCACAGUGAUUGCAGGGACGUUUGGUUAUAUUCCACCGGAGUAUGGUCAGAGCGCACGAGCCACGACCAAGGGAGAUGUGUACAGCUUCGGUGUGAUUUUGUUGGAGCUGGUGACGGGGAAAGAGCCGACUGGUCCAGACUUCAAAGAGAGCGAAGGAGGGAAUUUGGUUGGUUGGGUGAUUCAGAAGAUUAACAAAGGGAAGGCUGUGGAUGUUCUUGAUCCUCUGGUUCUGUCAGUGGCUUGCAAACACUCCAUGCUUCGUCUGCUUCGGAUUGCUGUCCUUUGUAUCGCUGAUUCGCCAGCUAGUCGACCAAACAUGCUCGACGUCUUGAAGGAUCUCAAGGAGAUUUAA